CCAUCUCGCUUUCUGUCUAAUUAAGUGUUUGUUUUGAUUUUUCUCUUAUCAACGAUAUUAUUCGUCUUCGCUUAUAAUAAUAAUAUUAUUAUCGUUAUUGUCCGUCUACAGUGGUUAUUAUUAUUGGUUUUUUUUCUUGGAGUGCUUUUUGAAAACGCACAUCCAAUUUUUGAGUCGCUGUCGAAAACCAUGUAAACUGCGCCGAUAUUUCGGUAAUUAUGUCGCAUUGUCGUUAGCAACGCGAUAAUAGUACUAUUGCACGAUCCUUAUCUGUUUUACCAGUGACACUAAUUUGCACAUAACGCGAUUUGUAAACAUACAAGGAAAAAAAAAUACAUAUGUUUCCUUUUGUGUCCACAGUUGCUUAAACACUUUGUUGCGGUCCAAAUUGUCGAUUUUCGAAUAUCAAGAAAUAUGGAAGAACAAACCCUAAUGCGAGACCUCAUGGAAUUAGCCAUGCGAUUGCGCCAAGAGAGGCUUUUCACCCAGUACGAGUUGAACAAUUUGCAGACUCUAAACGAACAGGUGACAAGCGUGUCGCAUAGACUGGCGCAAGAAGCGUGGAUAACAUCUCAGCAGCGGAUAAACCUAAACAGGUUGGUGGUGUCCAAUCCGGAUUGUACGCCAGCAGAUUGUUGCGAGUUAGCUCAUCGUUUGGACGAAGCACAAUUCAUUGAAUCACACGAAGCUCUUGGAUACGAGAAUGCACAAACAUUUGGAAUGCUUGUUCAAAAACUACGCGUGAACUCUAAACUGUUGGCGUAUUGUUUAACUGCCGGAGACCGACUGCUGUCCAGUAAAAUGCCAGAAGUGGUAAAUUGUAUUUUGUCAGGCGUAUUCGGGUCAUGUUUAAUGGCUGAAGACAAUGUGUUAAUUUUGAAGUUGCUAAGGCACUUGGCCGUACUACAAUUGAUUCCGGCCGAUAACCCUCACAGGAUUUUAAGUCACGGCUCAUGUGCUUUCUCAAGAUUGUAUUCGGCGUUUCAUGGAAGUUUGUUUUCUGCAAAAUUAUUCUUAACCGCUGCAUUUUAUGAACCCAUAAUGCAAUUGCUUAAGGACGAUGAAAAGUUCCUUGAUAUCGAUCCAGACAAAGCUCGACUGAGAUUUUCUCAUCUAAGGACGUGCAGCCGAGAGAGUCCGGAUUACAGCAUAAAGCUUCAGAAUUAUAGAAAAACAUCAGUCGAACAACUAGUGGCUAUAGCUUCUAAGUUCAUUAAUAGUCUCAAUGAGAACUUAUACUGUUUUCCGAGCUCUGUGUGUUGGCUUGUCCGUCAAAUACACAUGUUAUUAUCAGCAGGAAGUACUUUAAGCGAAAAACAAAUUUAUAGUAUAUGCGUAAAUCUAGUGUUUACAUAUUUUAUUUGUCCGGCAAUCGUAAACCCUGAACCACAUGGUAUCACGGACGCUGAUAUUACUCAAACAGCACGCUAUAAUCUUAUUCAAGUAGCAAACAUAAUUCAAAUUUUGGCAAUGUGCAAGUACGAGCAAAUUGACAAUAAAGUACAAGACUUGUAUCAGCAUUUCAACAAGGACUGCGUCUCCAGUAUAAUGGACGCAUUGUUGAAAACUUCAUUUAGAAACUCGCUCAAUGACGAUAAUUUGACUGUUAAUUCUAAUUUUAAACUGGAAAACCUCAUCAGAUCAGUCGCUUUAUUUACCGAAGAGGAAUUGCAAACAUUUGUUAAUUUUUUGAAUGUCGUUUCCAAUGAUGGGAUGCUAAGUGAAACUGAUAAGAAAGAAUUAGCCGAUAUGCUGGUUAACAUGCCGAUCAUGUGGCCGGACAACAAUUCAAAUGAUAAGUUUCAAUUACCACUUGAACAAAAAAGACUUGGCAUCCUCAGUAAAACGGCUGCUUCAUCUCUAGGAAAAGUCUUACCAAAUUCCAAUAUUUUAAAUUUUUCCAAUGCCGAAGGAGACGUCAAUGACGAAGAAAAAAGCAAAAAAGUUCUUAUAAUUCCAUUUGAAAGUUCUUUCAACGCAACCAUUGGAAUGUUACCAGAACACAAAGUAUUAGAAAAUGAAAAAACAAACUCUGAAGUAGAUGAUGAACAAAAUAAAUCAUAUGAGAGUACAAAAAAGAAAGAAAAACCUUUACAUUCAGUCUCUCAUGAAGGAUCUAUUGUCGAUCCGGGAAACGCCAGUGACUAUCUAGAAGCUGUGUCAGAGGCUGCGUCCAAUCAUAGUGUUCCGUCAUCAGUAGAACUCGAUCAAGACCAAAAUGAUAACCUAUCGGAUAUGGUGUCAGCUAAUGUAUCAGGACGAGGCACCCCGAAUAUAUCAGGCCGAGAUACGCCUUCUUCGCAAGUAACAGAAAACGAAGACGUAGCUAAUGGUGUUCUGAUACCGACAGCUCGUAUUAAUGCAGCAGCAAAACAAUGUAAAUUUGAUCUGGAUGACAAAUUUGGCAAAUUUGAAAUUAAGUCUAAGAUGCAAGGGAUAGGACGCGACGAAACUACGUCCUCAAUGGUUUCCGAUACAUGGAGUAUGGACGUUUUAGCCAGUGAUAACGAAAUACUCGAUCAAUCUGAGCGAUCUCAAGUCAAUGUCCAACCUCCUCUUCAGCCUCCUCCUGUUAAUCAACAAAUUUUGGACAUCAACGAGACAGCAUCAGAAGCCUGGAGUACGGAUGUAUUUGCUUCGGAUACUGAUAGAUUGGCUGAAGUAGAUACCGAUGAUACCGCAAGUGUAGCACGGUCUGAUGAUAUGUUAAGGUAUGAACUAGAAAACCGUGGCGAUAUGGAAGGAAUGGACUAUCAAUAUCCCCAAACUGUAUUCAGGCCAAUAUUAGAAGUACAACAGGAAGGCGCGUUGCGAUCCGAAAACGCGGCUUUGUCGUUCCACAGUCGAGUACAAAGGCGUAAAGUGUCCGACAGCAGUGGCGAAUCCAACGUUUACAAAUUGAUCAGUUCUCCUGACGAUACGUCCAUCAACAGAAAUGAGUCUGGAUUGAUUACUUCUAGAUCAGCUUUUUCUGUGGUUUCUAGUGGACAAGCGGCGUCUGGGAUAGGACCAAAACUAUCUCACAGAUCACAUCCUUCGUCUAGUCAAGAGGCUUCUGUCGACGACGGCGACGCAAAUAUCGGCUUGCAUAUGAGUUCGUGCAGUUUAGCGUCAACGAGUAGUAGCAGUGGCAGCAGCUUGGGCGCCAAACCCAAACCCAUAAUGAACGGAUCAGUAGUCACAAUUAAAACCAAUAUAAACAUGGUACCGAUUCACCCUAAAAUAGGCAAUGGCAGCGGAGGUCUAAUAACAAAAAGUAUUAGUUUUGAUAAAACCGCCGAACGCGGCGAUAGAGACCUGUAUGACGACGAUAACAAAAACAAAAAAGGCUUUUUCAAAAACUUCAAAAUUUCAUUCAAAAACCGACGUGGAAAAUGGUAUCGAAACGACGAGUUAGGUUACGAUGCAAUUCAAGGCUGCAGUGGUGGGACAAGUGGCAAUGAGUCAUUACUCAGCAAUAAUAUUUCGGAGACUUCAUCGUUGAAUGAAACAUCUGAAGACAUUUUGGCAAAAUACCGAAAAAAGCCAAACACGGUAAUUACGCCCGAAAAAAAUCUCAACGAAAAGUCUGGCAAUGCCACAAAUGAAGAUGACACUAUGGCGGACAUGAACAAAAGUAUUGAUUCUGAAACAUCUUUAUUUGAUGACGCCAAAAAGAAAUUGCGUUUAGUUCUUAGCACAAUCGACAUUCAAUAUGUUCCCUGGUGCAACGAAACUGAAUCCAAACCCAUGUUGAAUACUUGGCGUGAUAAAGACAACGAGCUCGUAGGCUUACUUCAAUACCAAUUAGCUGAAGCCACAAAUCUGAAUGAUCACUUUUUAGCCGCGAGACUCCACGAAACCAUUAGAUGCACAAAGAUGUUUGAUACGCAUGGUUGUCAGAAAUUGCUGAGUGCUUUAAAAGAAGAUUAUAAAUCAAGAGCGCCGUACAUCACCUAUUUGGUGAGAUGUAGGAAAACGCUGUUGACUAGUAUUGCACAACUAAACAGACUUUUGGAGCAGAUCAAAUGCGAAAGAGAUGUGUGCAGUCAGUUUUUGGUAACCAAAUGUGUGCAAAUCUAUUUGGAACAGAACGAGCCAUGUGUGUCGGAAUUUACAGUAGAAUUUGAGCAACGUAAAUUGGCUGACGAGAAAAACCAACUUUUGAAUAAAUUUUUAUCAACGCUCGAAGCUGGCAUGAAACGAAGCAGUAUUUGGAAAUGCGCCAGUUACGAUCAAUUGGAUGAUGCAAAAUUAGCAAUCGAACGAGCGAUUAUCACUAGAGUGUACACAUUGGCUAUGUAUCCGAAUGGCGAUGCAGACUUUUAUAGAGACCAAGUUUUGCACGAACACAUGUCGAACAUGUCCAAGAACAUAUUACCCACUCAUAUUCCAAAAGUAUUUCAUUAUGAAUGUCCUUGGCCGUCAGCCCAAGCAGAGAUAUCAGCGAUUUCGGCGUAUAAAACGCCAAAGGACAAAUUACAAUGCAUUUUUCGGUGCACCACAACGCUUUUGAACUUGAUGUCUAUAGCCGGCGAACACGGCAACACUCAUCCGGCGGCCGACGAUAUCAUGCCUGUGCUCGUAUAUGUUCUGAUUAAAGCUAAUCCUCCGUCGUUAUUGUCGACUGUUCAGUAUAUAAAUAGUUUUUAUGGCGAUCGAUUAGAAGGAGAAGAGCAAUACUGGUGGAUCCAAUUUUGUGCCGCUAUCGAAUUUAUCAAAACGAUGAACUAAAAAAAAAAGUAAUAAGUGAUAACGAAAAUUGGUGUUUUUUUUUGUUGUUUAAAUUCACAAUCCAUACGUAUACAACAUUUAAAAUAUUUUUGAACAUAAUGGUUUAUUCUAAUUUUAUAAUUUAUUAUUAUAUUAUUUCAUGAUGUUCGUCGAUAAUAAUUUGAUUGGUGUUGUUUGUUAUUGCAAUGUGUAUCCAUUUAAAUUUUACCUGAAAUGUCUUUUUUUCAUUUCAUAUUUUACCUGUCGAAGAAUUUAUGUUGUUUUACUUUUUUUUCCAUUUUGAUUUAUUUAUGGUAAUUUUGAUUUUUUUUUUUCACGAUCUAAGUCACUUCUAUUUUUAAUCAUGAAAUAUUUAUGUGUUUCGGCCGACGUACCGAUUAUUAUAUAUCUGUAUAAUAUUAAUAUUAUAAUGUAUGUAGUCGUAUACUUUACCCUUUGCUCUUUUAACUUUUCUGUAAUUUUAUUUAACGAAUUUCAACAUAUUAUAUUAUUAUU